AACAUGGUCUGAAAUGAUUUUGCAGUGGUGUUAAAGCAGCAAACGGGGAUGCUGAAGAAAUAUCAAAUGCAUUCAUACGAAAUGGUCACUAAGGAGAGGGGUGCUGGGAAAUAAACAGAGCAUUCUUUCAACGAAACAUAAUCAACACCACAAUGAAAGAUGUUGUUUUGUCUUUGCUGAGUCGUGGAUUUGGUCAAAUUGUGCCAGGUGAAAGUUGUCAUAAUGGAAGACUGGAGGUCUGUUAUGAACCAGAGGACUAUUUCAACUGGAAAUCCCAGCCUCCACUUCUUCGUCUUACUGGCAGUGGUCUGUUUCUUGGAGGCACGGAGCCAGUUCCACCUAAGACCUACAGUACACGGAGAGGGCCGCUUAUUCUCUAUUCAGAAGACAUAGCCUUGUCAUACCAAGCCUGCCAGGUUAACAGGAAGAGAAAGGCACUUACCGGCCCAAAACAGGAAGUAGAGUAUCAUCUACACACACUGCAAGACCUGACCGGAGCUAUCUUGGCUUAUGGGAAAAAGCAGUCAAAAGCUGGAUCUCUUGCCGAUGUAGCACACCCUUUUAUACCAGAUACUAAACCUGCCAGCCAGCACAUCCAUGAGCAUCAUACAACAGGAGAGAAGUGCUAUCAUUUAAGCCAUAGUAAAGCAGGAAAAGGAGGACAGGUCCCAUACCAGCCACAUUUUCUCUGUUCCCCUCGACCCCGCAGGGCAACCCUGGGCCCUCUACCUCCCAUAACAACAGGUUUGGUACAUGUACAAAGCCAGGAGACAACUCAUCUGGACUCAGCAGAGACAGAUGGACAAAUCAGACACAAGCAACAUUUCUUCUGUUCUCCUCGGCCCAACAGGGCCCGUCCUGAACCUCUACCACCCAUAACGAAGGGUUUGUUACACAUAAAAAGCCAGGAGAAAACUUAUGAGGAACCAGAAGAACAAAUGUCCCUUAAGACGAAAGGCCAACAGAAGCCAAAAGUGAAGAUAACACAGAGUGUGAGGACAGAGGCUGAUACAUUCAGAGCUCCCAUGAGCCCAAUCCCUGAGACAACAGUUGCUCAGACAGAACUCCUGGAUCUGACAAUUGUCCCAGAUUUCAUUGACCACACUAGGGAUCUUAAUGGUUCUAAGAAACUAAGUCUGGUGGAAAAUAAAAGUGAUGUUGGAGAGAUGUGCACUCUGAGGUCAGUGAAUGUAGACUCAUCUUUGGAAAGUUGCCCACUCUCAAGGCUCAACUAUUAUGGUGGACACAUGGAAGGAUUUCGCCAGAUCAGACAUUGUGGAGGUGAAACUCAGGUGAGGAGAGUUACAGCGGAUACAGAUCCAAGCCUCACUAUCUAUCAUUUACCUCCCAUUGAGACAAACCCAAUGGUCAACUCAGCUUCUGACUUCAGCACUUUAACAAUGAAUAAACCGAAAACAAUCACCAGGGGAAGCUGUGAGACUCCACCACAACGAGAACUAAAAGUACAUCUCCCUGACGUCACACUUGAAACUACACAUGUUAAAAACACUGAUAGAAGUGUUCGAAGCAAAGUGCUGGUCCUUCUGCCUCCACAAACAGUAAUGACAGAGAUCCCUGCACUAGCUGAUGAACUGUGUGAGACCCUCAUUGAAAACAGUAAGCCUUGUGGUGACAAGGAGCUUACAGAAGAGGCCCCCCAAAAAAGACAGGACCCUUCCUCUAACAGCAAGUGCAGGAUUAUAGAGAUGGACCUAGGGCGUGUUGUUAGGUCCGAUGCACCAGAAAAGAGGGGUCCACUUCCACCUCUGAUGGGUCGGAGGGGUCCAGGUAAACAGAGCUCAAUGGCUGUCUUCAGUCAGAGCGUACAGGACCCUGCAGACGCAGAAGAAGCACAGACAGGAAACAUCCGAGGCUGUCUCCCUCCAGAGUUGAGAGAAAGGCUGGCUAGUGAAGCAGCAGGCACCUUAAUAAUGGGUCCUGAUGGUGAAAUCAUACGCUUGUCUCACUGGGAUCCUGCGGUUCACACUGAGGACAACCCACUGAUGAAUGAUCUCACUCAAGGCCAGGUUCUAAAAGUUGUGACUUCUGAGGAGGACGUGGCACAGCCUUGGAUGAUUCUUAUACAGGACUGUACAGAGGAUAAAGGGGACGUCAUCACACACAAUACUGAAGCAACUACUACUAACAAGGAACAGCUUGACUCUCGUCAAGAGGUGUUUAUGGCCAAUAAACAUACAGUGCAACCUAAUGCCAAGAGAGGGAAGAAUCAUCUAAGAUCACACACUGAGACUGUAAAGACACAGAUGUUUACAAAGACUAAUGCUGAGGAGGUAGAGGAGGAGGAGCAGGAAGAUGAGGAAAAUGAUGAAGAGCUGGGGUUUCUGGAGGAGGAAGGCGAUUAUUUAGGCUUUCACAAUGAAAUCAGUGAAAAGGCACAGUGGAUUUUGGUGUAUGCCCAUGCAAAACAAAAUAAUGAAGAGGACAAUGAAAACCUUUUUGGUUCCGACAGUGAAAUACUUCAGGAGGCACAGGUAUUUAAUGUUAGUUCUCGAGUCAUGCAUACUAAUGCCAAGAGGAAGAAAAAGCAUUUAGGCUCUGACACUGAAAUAAUUCAGGAAGCACAGGUGAUCAAGGUCAAUUCCCAUACAAAACACGUCAACAAAAAGACGAAUGAGGAUUAUUUAGGCUCAGGCGAUCAUAUAAUUCAGGAUGAACAAGUCUGUUUACCUGAGGAUGAACAUAGGCUCUCUACAACUCCCCAGCCCGGCAUACGAGGGGAGUGGACCACUGCAGUGAAAAAAAAUAGAAAAGGAAAGACAACAACUUUACAGCAAGAAACAGGGGUGACACUGGGAUUAAGGAAGUCCAAAGGUGCAGUGUCUGUUAUCAAUCCAAAAUCAACCCAAUUCCCUCCCACAACAGAUACACCAAAGCAAUCUCUGUCUCCUAAAUCAAAGAGGAAGACUGAUGAAAUUCAAAAAGAUGAUACCAAGUACAGGGUCUUUGAGGACAACACUGCAACCUCAAAGCAAUAUACGUUCAAUCUGCAGAAGAAAAAGAAAACUAAAGAAAUGGCAGAAACUACAGAACCCCAGAACACAAAAGUAAAGACCAAAAAGAAGAUAAAGGGGCAAUCUUCAUUCAUUGUAGGAAAACCUCGAGCACAGGAAGUAGAAUGGAAUGCAAAUUGGAUGGAAGAGUCAGAGAGACAGACCCCUGAGACCUAUGAGAGAGAGACCUAUGAGGAGUCCUAUGUAGCCCAUAAGAGAGAGGUGCUGUCCCACAACACAGAUGAUGAUGAUGUUGAACUAGACAAGAGUGUUUCACAAGAGCAAAACUAUACUGACUCUGAGGGUGACAUGGAUGCUGACACAGACUCAGUCAGUAUAGAGGCGCAUGAAGCACAAGACUCUCCCAGAUCAGUAUACACCGCUCAAAGAUCCCAUUAUUCCCAGUUUUCAGUGCGGUCACAUCCCAGCACACACCAACUCCCACAGAGCUCUCACAGAACUACCUCAGUGGGGAUGGUGGCCCAAUGCGGCCCGUGUAGCCCAGCACCUCUUUCAGCACAACAUCCUGCCACUGACCCCAUCAAAUCUCAAUCAGGCAACAAUGUAAAAACCAGUGAGGAGCAAAAAUCCAAAAAGCAAGUAGACACAAAAGCCACGGCACUGUCUGAAAGGGCCGAGCGGCGUCGUCUCGAGGUGGAGAGAAAACGAAAAGAGAAAGACGAAGAAAAGAGCAGACAGCAAGAGAAAGAGGCAACAGAGGAGAGGGUGAGGAUGGAGCUAGAAGAGGAACAGAAUAAUAGAGCAGAGGAGGCAAGGAUAAGAAAGAUUAAAGAAGUGGAGGAGAAACAGAGGAGACAAAAGGAAGCGAUGGAAAGACAGAGGAGAGAGCAGGCAGAGAAGGAAAGAGAAAGACGACGACAGGAGGAGAAGAAGAGGCUGGUGGAAAGGCUCCAGAAAGAAAGACUGGAUGAGGAGAAACGGCAUGCUGCCGAACUGGAACGUAAACGUUUGGAGGAGAAAGCAUGGGAAGAGGAAGAGCAAAAGAAGCUGUUAGAGAUGGAGGAGGCUGAGAGACUGGGGUAUCUACUCAGACGGAAGGAGGAAGAGGUGGAGAGGAGGAAGGCUGUGGAAGAGAGGAAGAGGAGGAAUGAAGAAGCAGCGAUGCGAGCUGAAGAAGAGGCCAUACUUCAGGCUGACCUAUUUGCCAGGCAGAGAGCAGCACAGGAGCAGCACCUUAAGUUUAAUCGAGGUCUGUUUGUGGAGGCUGGAGGGCUGGACCAGACACAGGAUAUCUCUCGUCCCUGGAUUUUCUCCUAUUUUGCAUUGCUGAAGAUGCUUGGCUUAGAUCACACAUCUGCUCAUGAAGACGCACUCACAGAUAAACUUUGAUAUUUUUAUUUAAACCAAUACUUUCUCAGCAAUACUUUCAAUUAUUGGCUCAGUAAUGAUUAUUACUUUCAAUUAUUGGCUCCAAUUGAGUGACAGUUGAGAGAGUAAACCACUCCCACUC